AUGCCCAAAAGUAAUAAUGAGCAAGAGGAGAUAGAUGUUAAAGGGCACAAUGUUAAAAGUUCAAGUAGUGCACCUCACAUUCGACCGCCAUCAGAACUUCAAUGGUCAGUUAACGAAACUUUUGAAAGACACAAUUUCUUUUUAAGAGAACAAAAGGACAACUACUCCAUCUGGUACGGAGAGUACAAGUACCCCGAAGAGCUCAAGAAGGUCUACAUGAGCUGUAACUUAAUUACAGGUAUGUUCCAGAGAUUAGAUAAGAUGAGGAAGCAGGCCUUUACCUCUGUCUGUCUGUUUGGCAAAGAUGAUGACAGCACCAUCUCAGGAAUCUGGGUCUGGAGAGGCCAGGGUCUCGCAUUUGAGUUGAGCCCUGACUGGCAAAUUGACUUUGAGUCGUAUGACUGGAAGAAGCUGGACGCUACCUCAGCAGACACCAAGCAACUCGUCCAACAAUACUUCUCAUGGACAGGCAAAGAUAAGGCUGGCCGGGAAUUCAACCAGGGCAAAAUAUUUAAGUAAAUAAAUCGAUAUGUCUUGUUUACCAAUGA